AUGUCAAGUGCCAUUACCGUUACUGCUUCGUUCAACGAUACUUUUAGAGUGUCUGAUAAUGUUGCCGUUAUUGUUCCUGAAACAGACACUCAGGUGACCUACAGAGACCUAUCCCAUAUGGUGGGUCAUUUCCAAACCAUAUUCACCAAUCCUACUUCUCCACUGUAUGGGACGGUCUUCAGACAAGAUACAGUGGCAAUAUCCAUGCGUAAUGGGCUGGAAUUUAUCGUCGCCUUCCUCGGUGCCACUAUGGACGCCAAAAUUGGCGCACCUUUGAAUCCUAAUUAUAAGGAAAAGGAGUUCAAUUUCUACUUGAAUGACUUGAAAUCCAAGGCUAUUUGCGUCCCUAAAGGCACUACAAAGUUACAAAGCUCUGAAAUUCUAAAAUCUGCCUCCACGUUUGGAUGUUUCAUCGUAGAACUGGGCUUUGAUGCUACCAGGUUUAGGGUAGAAUAUGAUAUAUACUCUCCAGAGGACAACUACAAGAGAGUCAUCUACCGGUCUUUGAAUAACGCCAAGUUCGUUAAUACGAACCCUGUUAAAUUCCCCGGGUUCGCUCGUUCUAGCGAUGUUGCCCUGAUUUUGCAUACCAGUGGUACCACAUCUACUCCAAAAACGGUGCCUUUGUUACAUUUGAACAUUGUGAGAAGCACGUUAAACAUUGCUAACACUUACAAGCUAACGCCCUUGGACAGAUCUUAUGUUGUGAUGCCUCUUUUCCACGUCCAUGGGUUAAUUGGUGUUUUACUUUCUACUUUUAGAACGCAAGGUUCUGUUGUAGUUCCCGAUGGAUUCCAUCCGAAGUUAUUCUGGGACCAAUUUGUUAAAUAUAACUGUAAUUGGUUUAGUUGUGUCCCCACAAUAAGCAUGAUUAUGCUGAACAUGCCCAAGCCAAAUCCUUUCCCACACAUUAGGUUCAUCAGAUCGUGUUCCUCAGCUUUGGCGCCUGCAACCUUCCACAAGCUGGAAAAAGAAUUCAAUGCACCCGUCUUGGAGGCCUACGCGAUGACCGAAGCGUCACAUCAAAUGACUUCAAACAAUCUGCCUCCAGGAAAGAGAAAGCCCGGCACAGUGGGUCAGCCACAAGGCGUCACCGUCGUCAUUCUAGAUGACAAUGACAAUGUCUUGCCCCCAGGUAAAGUUGGUGAAGUUUCCAUCAGAGGUGAAAACGUCACUUUAGGAUAUGCUAAUAAUCCAAAAGCUAACAAGGAGAACUUCACCAAGAGGGAGAACUACUUCAGAACCGGUGACCAGGGUUAUUUCGACCCUGAAGGGUUUUUGGUUCUUACUGGCAGAAUCAAAGAGCUUAUCAAUAGGGGUGGUGAAAAGAUUUCACCAAUCGAACUCGACGGCAUUAUGCUCUCGCAUCCAAAGAUUGACGAAGCCGUUGCAUUUGGUGUUACCGAUGAUAUGUAUGGCCAAGUAGUUCAAGCCGCCGUCGUCUUAAAAAAGGGAGAAAAAAUGACCUACGAAGAACUAGUGAACUUCUUAAAGAAGCAUCUCGCCGCCUUCAAAAUCCCCACCAAGGUGUACUUUGUUGACAAGCUCCCAAAAACUGCCACAGGCAAGAUCCAGAGGAGAAUUAUCGCGGAAACCUUUGCCAAGAGCAGCAAAAAUAAGAGUAAGUUGUAG